ACACGCAGCACCUCCAAGUGCGACCCAACCAGACACACCGAACAAAAUCCACUCCAAAGUCCAAAUCCGAUCGGCCGAUUGCACCACUAAAUCACAUCCCCAGGCUCUCACAUCAAACAGUUAAACCCCCAACUUAGACUGGCUGCGUGUCGCUGACAAUCGGACCCACAGGAACCCGACCGAGCCCUCUAAACCGAACCCACCCGGCGCAGGAAACCAUUGCGCGCCCAUUUUCCUCGACACGGCCCUCGGACUCGCACGACGUGCUCGCCAUGGCCGGCGGCCGAGCAUCCGCACGGCGUCGCGCGGUGUUCGCGGCCGUGAUCACGCUGAUCUUCCUCGCCUCCGUCUCUUUCCUCCUGUCUGCCACCGCCACUAGCUCUGCCGCCUCGAACUCCCUGGCCUCCCGCCUGGCCGUCGUCCAACGCCACGCCGAGGACCACACGGCCGUCCUCGCCGCCUACGCGGCACACGCGCGCCGCCUCAGCGCGGCCUCCGCCUCCCAGACGGACUCCUUCAUCUCCACCUCCGCGCGCCUCUCCUCCCUCGCCUCCCGCCUCUCCCUCUCCACCGUCGGGCUCCUGGAGAAGGAGACCCGCGGGCAGGUCAAGCGCGCGCGCGCCCUCGCCGCGGGCGCCAAGGAGGCGUUCGACACGCAGUCCAAGAUCCACAAGCUCUCCGACACCGUCUUCGCCGUCGGCCAGCAUCUCCUCCGCGCCCGCCGCGCGGGCGUCCUCAACUCCCGCAUCGCCGCGGGGUCCACGCCCAAGUCCCUCCACUGCCUAGCCAUGCGCCUCCUGGAGACCCGCCUCACCAACGCCUCCGCCAUCCCCGAGGACUCGCCCGUCCCACCGCCGCAGUUCACCGACCCGUCGCUCUACCACUACGCCAUCUUCUCCGACAACGUGCUUGCCGUCUCCGUCGUGGUGGCCUCGGCUGCGCGCGCAGCCGCCGAGCCCUCGCGCCACAUCUUCCACGUGGUCACCGCGCCCAUGUACCUCCCUGCCUUCCGCGUCUGGUUCGCGCGCUGCCCGCCGCCGCUCGGCGCGCACGUGCAGCUCCUCGCCUUCUCCGACUUCCCCUUCCUGAACGCGUCCUCCUCCCCGGUCCUCAAACAGAUCGAGGCCGGGAACAGGGACGUCGCGCUGCUGGACUACCUCCGGUUUUACCUCCCCGAGAUGUUCCCGGCGCUGCCGAGGGUGGUGCUCCUGGAGGACGACGUGGUGGUGCAGAGGGACCUGGCCGGGCUGUGGCGCGUCGACAUGGGCGGCAACGUGAACACCGCGUUGCACACAUGCUUCGGAGGGUUCCGGCGGUACGGCAAGUACCUCAACUUCUCCGACCCCAUUGUGCAGGAACGGUUCAGCCCCCGCGCGUGCGCGUGGUCCUACGGCAUCAACGUGUUCGACCUCCAGGCGUGGCGACGGGAGCAAUGCACCGAGCAGUUCCACCGCUUCAUGGAAAUGAAUGAGAAUGGGACGCUCUGGGACCCGACGUCCGUUCUUCCAGCCGGGCUCAUGACGUUCUACGGCAAAACGAAGCCGCUGGACAAGUCGUGGCACGUUAUGGGGCUCGGGUACAAUCCGCACAUCAGACCUGAAGACAUCCGGGGAGCUGCGGUGAUACACUUCAACGGGAACAUGAAGCCAUGGCUGGACGUCGCGUUCAACCAGUACAAGCAUCUCUGGACCAAGUACGUCGACACUGAGAUGGAGUUCUUGACGCUCUGCAACUUUGGCCUCUGAAAGGUUGAUGAAACGGCUCCUACCAUAGCUCCGAAUAGCUGGUGAUCAUCAUCAGCUGAUCGUUUUGCCGGCCGGGCCAAGUAUCCGGCCAACACGAGCGUUCUCUGAUAUAUGUAGUAUUUGGCUCGCUCUUUCCGCUGCAACCUACAAGUUGUAACGACGUUUGCUGCUAGGAAGCAUUUUGAGUGUAGCAGUGUAGAUGUGAUGUCGUAUUCUCCUUCCUUAUGACCCCAUUUUGCUAGCUAGGACGCCUGGGUCCUUGUGACACAGACAACCAAAAUAUGAACAUCGAUAAGCUUCCCAUAUUGUAUUAUAGUAGUAUAGUAGCUUAGCUGCGAGUUCACUGCGUCCGUGUGUGCAGCCAAUACGGCACCGAGAAGAAAGCUCAAGGUUAUUUUUUUUGUUCC